AUGUUAUAACAAAAAUUAUUUCAAUAACUUUCAGAAUAAAUUCAUUAAUAUGCUUAUGGAGAUUCAAUCCAUGUUAGGUAUGUAGUAUUAUAUACAUCUUAUGAAAACCUUAUAAUUAUUGCAGAAGACAAAUAUAAAUUAUCUGUAUAAAUAGAAACUUUGAAAUGGAAAAAUGAUCCAAUAAUUUCUAUGAAAUUUCAAACAUUUGCUUUACAUAUUCUAACAAUGGAAGGAGAAUACAUUGAAAUAAUAUUAUCUAAUCUUUUCUAAUAAAAUAAACAAUAUGAUAACCUUAUGUCUAAUAUCAAAAUUAAUGAUGUUUAUUUACCAAAUAAUGUUAAAUUAAAAGAAGCAUAUCAAAUAAAAAGGUUUAGUGAUUUUGUUAUAAUGAACAAGAAUAAAUUAAAAAUUGCCUUCAUAUCUUAAUAAGGAUAAAUAGUAUUUUAUAGUCCUGAUUAAAAGGUUAUCACUUAAAUUAUUGCUCUAAGAUAAAGUCUUAUAUCUUUUUAAACAAUUGAAAUUGAUCAAAAAGAAAUGGUUGUUGGAAUCACAGAAUUUAAUGAUUUAAUCACUUUUAGUGAUAAUGAAUAAGAACCAUAAAUACAUCGUUUUACUGAUCCCAAUUAUUCUAUUAUUCAUAUUUAUUUUGUUGGCAAUGAGAAUAUUUUAAUAUUGUAAGAAAAUAAAACUGAAUAACGAUUUGUUAAGUAUCAAUUAAAAUAACUUAAAUUUGUCAAAAAAUAUUAUUAUCUACCAAAAGAUGAUUGUAAUUAUAAAUUUGUAGAAAUACAUGAAUUACCUAAAAUAUUUAUUGCAUUAGUAUUUUCAACAUAAUUUUAAAUUAUAUCUUUAUCAAAAACAGUACUUCAAGAUAGAUUAUUUAAAUGCAUUUAAUUCAAUUUUUAAAAUGUAAUAGAUGAAUUUAAUCAUCCUAUAAAUUUUAAUUAAAUCCUAUAUUGUCCUGAAACAACUACUUUAAAUAUUAAAGAGAUUAAUAAUUAAGCUAUUCAUUUCUCUAGAUAUAAUUAAUAAUUUGGGAUUAAAAUAACUAAAAAGAAAAUGGUUGAAGUCUUAUAAUCAGAUUCAUAAAUUUUAAACAAAGAAGAUCAAGUAUCAAAAACAAAGUAAAUAACAUUAUUUAUUAAAUAAUAGAGAUUAUGAUUAGUUUUGUAGUUUAUUAAUAACCUCAACUUAAAUUUAUACCAUUUAAAUAUCUUAAGAAUGUAUACAAGAUCUUACAUUUAAAGUCCUUUAGUAAUUUGAAAACUAUCAAAGAACAUUUGAUUCAAUACCAUAAAUGAAAUUGAGUUGGUAAGAAUAAGUAAUUUCUAAUUUAUGGCAUCACUUGAAUUGUGAAUAAGGUUUAAAACUCUAUUUUACAAAAAAGGAUCAGGUUUCAGAAAAUAUACAUACAUGGGUUAAUUCAUUAAAAUUUCAUAAAUAAAUGUUAUAUCAAAUAUAUGAUGAAGAUUAGGAUUAAGAAAUUCUUAUUGAAACUUAAUAUGAUAAAUGUUUAACUACAAUUGCAUUAUUAAAUUUCAAGAAUCUAUCUAAUGAAAUAUCAAUUUCUAAAAUUAUUGCAAUGGUUUUUAAUAAAGUUUUAUCAUAAUGUAGUAAAAUUGUAACAGAUAAUUCCAAUUCUUUUUUGUAAUUAAUUUAAUGUAUCAAAUAAAACAGUAAUCCAGUAUUAUGUUAUAAUUAUUGGAAGAACUCUUAACAACUUUUAUUCAUCUUAAUAAAUAUCUUAGAAGUUUGGUUAACUAAUACUAUGAUUAAAUAUGAUGUAAUAUUGCUUAAGGCUUAAGAAUUCUUUGAACCUCUUUUUAUUAAUAAAAUUAGAAGUUUAAUAGUUUGUUCAAAAGUUCCAAUUAUGCUUAGAUUAAAAUUAAUCAUUUUCUUAUAAGAUUAAUCAUACAUUAAAUUAUUUACUUUAGGUGUUUAAACAAUUUAAAAUAGAUAAGAAUUAUUAUAAUUUAGUAAAGUAUGUAAUAUUACAAAUGAUGCUCCAUCUUUUAAUAUAUUUAGUAUUUCAUAUUUAAUAGAUGAAUGUGAUAUACAAUAUCUUAAAAAUUUAAUAUAAAUUUCAGGAAAUUUAGAAUAAAUGAAUAAGUAUGAACCUACUAAAUGUAAAAAUCCAUCAUUUGGAUUAAUAAUUAUGAGCAUUUUAACAUAAUCAUCAAAUGAAUAUGAAAUUUGUAAGAUUAUCAAUUGGUUUUUAUCUUGA